AUGGAGCAGCCUGCCUCAGGAGGGGGCGGCCUGCAGACGCGCCCAGAGGGGCUGCUGGAGCUGCACGAAUCCUUCGGGGAGCUGCUGGCCUUCUUCUGCACGCACGCCACCACGCACGGGGCGGUCCGGCUCGUGUGCUCGCGCCAGAACCGCCUGAAGACGGCGUGCUGGGCGCUGCUGCUGCUGGGCGCGCUGGGCGCGCUGUGCUGGCAGUUCCAGCUGCUCUUCCAGGACUACUGGCGCUACCCAGUCACGGCCACCGUGUCCCUGCGCUCUGAGCGCAAGCACUUCCCCGCCGUCACCCUGUGCGACAUGAACCCCCAGCGCCCUGGCCGGCUCCGAGCCCAUCUACAGGCACUCAACGAGUUCGCCCAGGAGAAUGUCUUCUCCCUCUACAAGUUCAACCUCAGCCGGGCUGCCCGCCGGCCUGGACCUGAGCCCCACCUCCCGCUGGACAGGAGGACGCGCCUACAGAGGCUGAGCCCACUGGGCAGCCCCGGUCGAGUGGGCUUCCGACUGUGUAACGGCUCGGGCGCAGACUGCUUCUACCAGGCCUUCUCGUCGGGGGUGGCCGCCGCCCGGGAGUGGUACCAGCUCCACCACCUGAGCGUCCUGGCGCAGCUGCCCGGGUCCCAGCGGGCCAGCCGCACCGCCCGCUUCGUCCUCUCCUGCCGCUACAACGGCCACGACUGCCCGGCCCGGCACGUCCACACCCGCCACCACCCGGCCUUCGGCAGCUGCUACACCUUCAGCGGCGCGCGGGCCCCGCGGCACCCGGGACUGGCGCACGGGGUCAGCCUGGUCCUCAGGGCCGAGCGGCAGCCGCACGUUCCUCCGCUGGCCGAGGCCGGGGUCAAGGUCGUGGUGCACCAGCACGAUCGCUCGCCCUUCCUGGAGCACCGGGGCUUCAGCGUCCGGCCAGGCACGCAGACCACCAUUGCCGUGAGAGAGGACGAGGUGCACCGGCUAGGAAGCCCCUACAGCGGCUGCAGCCCGGGCGCGGACGGCGCGGGCCGGACACUGCUCUACGGAGGCGCCUACAGCCAGCAGGCCUGCCUGGUCUCCUGCUUUCAGCAGCUGAUGGUGAACGCCUGCGGCUGCGCCUACUACCUGCACCCCCUGCCGGCGGGGGCGGAGUACUGCAGCUACCCGCGGCACCCAGCCUGGGGCCACUGCUUCUACCGCCUCCGCCGGGACCUGGAGAGCCACAGGCUACCGUGUACUGCCCACUGCCCCAGGCCCUGCAGGGAUUCCUCCUACACGCUGUCCACCAGGACCUCCAGAUGGCCAUCCCCCAAGUCCACCGCCUGGAUCCUGGCUGCGCUGGGGGAGCACCGUCCUGACUGCAUGGAGGGCACCAGGAGUACUGUGGCCCAGGAGCACUGUGGCUCGGGAGCACUGUGGUCCAGGAGCACUGUGGCCCAGGUACGCGUCUUCCUCCAGGAUGUGGGCCACCAUGCGGUGCAUGAAGCACCUGUGUACUCGGUGCCGAGGUUGCUCUCAGCCAUGGGCAGCCUGUGGGGCCUGUGGUUUGGCUCCUCGGUCCUGUCUGUGCUGGAGCUGCUGGAGCUGCUGCUGGACGCUCUGGCCCUCGCCCUGCUCCUGAGCUGCCGCUGCCUCCACAGAACCUUGGGGUCCUGGGCACGUGGGCAUCCCAGCCAGGCGGAGAAUGGUGCCUCCCAGCAACCCUGACCUCCGACUGCAGGGGCCCCACUGGCCCCUCCCACAUCCCCUCUAUGGACUCUGGCCGCAGACUCCACUGACCACUCAGACCAAAGAGGGGCCACUGAGACGCAGCCAGCCUGGGCCCAGAGAACUAGAACAGAGAUGGCAAGUGCCUGCCUGGCAAACAUCUGGUCACGAGUUCAAAUCCCCAGUGUACCCCAUGCACCAAGCGCUGUCUUGGCAGCUGGUAGCUCCUGGUCGCAGAGGAGCUUGGGAUGCGUGAGCACCAUGACCGGGGCGUGCUCCCCAGCGACAACCACAGAAGCCACGGCCAGAAUGUACCCCAGGGUGAGCACAGUCAGGCACCAAGUGGACCUGGGAGCCUGGUGCAAGCGCCGAAGCAAGGGAGACAAAAG